UACAAAAUAAAGAGAGAAAGAGGGUAGGAAAUAUAGGAAAUAUUGGCUUUAUUGGAUUUGCUGUCUCAGAGAGAGAGUGAGAGAGAGAGAGAGGGAAACUCUGGAUUCCACCUCUUCCCGUCCUUCGUGACGGUCCUCUUCCUUCGACCUCUUCAGGGUGAUCAGGCUUUGAAUCUUAAGGUUCUUGUUAUAUUUUUUGAGACAUGGAAAGAAUUUGUUUCUUGCCAAGUUGCUUCCAGAAUUGGUUGCUUUCAUUCCAAGAAGUGCUUGACCGCAGAUUCUUCAUCUUUGGAGAUUAUCUUCUGGUUUCCUUUGUUAAUUGCACCUAGUUUUCUGUUCUACUUUAAGGAUCAGCACAGUGCACUUAAUGCUUGUUUCUUCUGAGACUAGUGCUGCAUCUUUAGGGAACAUAUACAAUGCAUUCCUGACCCAACAUCAAGUUGAAACAUCUGAAAAAUCCGCUUCUGGGGGAUGAAGUAUAUAAAUUGAUGUGUGAAUUUUGGAUGCUGCCUGCUUCUCAAUUAUUAGAUAAGAGAUUGCGUUAAAACAGUGCAGACAGUACUUAUUGGCCAUCAUUGUGUUGUUGCUUCUUAUGGAUAUUGGUGGUGACAAAAUAUUAUUUACCAGAAAAUUCUGAAACAAUCUAUGUAUAUUAGAUGAAGUGGAUAUUAUUGAAGUCCUCAAGUCUUGGGUCAUUAUGAAUUUAGCUGAAGAUUGAUGUUGCUUUGAUCAAUCAUUUUUGGUUGGAGCUGGGAAUUGUUAGUAUGUUCUCCAGGACUUGUUUGAUUCUACCACAUGCAUCCUGCUACCACUACGAAGCUGUGGAUCUAUUAAUCAAUAAGGCUCUGCUGCGCUUACAUCAGAAAGUUUAUGUUUCUUAGUUUAUUGCCAUGACAGAAAAUUGACAGUGGAAUUUGCUGGACCAUAUAAUAUCUGUUAACAUUUUCUACCCAUUUCUUGGCAUCAUCUGCUAGAGAUAAAUGCCAUCUAUCUUUUGUUUGUUUGCAAUUGCUUUUUGAAUAAGAGCUGCAUUGGGUUCUGUGGGAAAAUGGAGAGGUACAAGUUAAUUAAGGAAGUUGGUGAUGGAACAUUUGGGAGUGUUUGGAGAGCCAUUAAUAAGCAAAGUGGUGAAGUUGUUGCAAUCAAGAAAAUGAAAAAGAAAUAUUACUCUUGGGAGGAGUGUGUAAACCUGAGAGAAGUCAAGUCAUUACGGAAAAUGAAUCAUGCAAAUAUUGUGAAGCUGAAGGAAGUUAUACGAGAAUGUGACACUCUGUGCCUUGUUUUUGAGUACAUGGAAUACAACCUGUAUCAACUUGUGAAAAACAGGGAAAAGCUGUUUUCUGAAAAUGAAGUUAGAAAUUGGUGUUUUCAAGUUUUCCAAGGUUUAGCUUACAUGCACCAGCGUGGAUACUUUCAUCGUGAUCUUAAGCCUGAAAACUUGCUGGUCACCAAGGGUGUCAUCAAGAUUGCUGAUUUUGGCCUAGCCCGGGAGAUCAGUUCACAACCACCAUAUACUGAGUAUGUCUCCACACGGUGGUAUCGUGCUCCUGAAGUCCUGCUUCAGUCCCAUCUAUAUAGCUCUAAAGUUGAUAUGUGGGCAAUGGGUGCUAUAAUGGCUGAGUUGUUCACUCUGCGUCCUCUAUUCCCUGGUUCCAGUGAAGCAGAUGAGAUCUACAAAAUAUGCAGUGUGAUAGGUAGUCCAACCACUGAAUCUUGGGCAGAUGGACUCAAACUUGCCAGGGAUAUCAACUAUCAGUUUCCACAGCUUGCUAGUGUACAUCUCUCUACACUGAUCCCAUCCAGAAGUGAUGAUGCAAUCAGCCUUGUGACAUCACUUUGUUCAUGGGAUCCCUGCAAGAGACCAACAGCAGCAGAGGCUCUUCAACAUCCUUUCUUUCAGAGUUGCUUUUACAUCCCUCCAUCCCUUCGCACCAGAGCUGUAACCAGAACUCCACCAUCUGCUGGGACCAGGGGAUCACUGGAUCGGCAGGGCCUCAAGAGAUACUCUGGUGCUUUGCCUAAUACAAAAAUCACCAACAAUUUUAGUUCCCCGAAAUUACAAGCUUCUAUAGCUUCAGGUGUGCAAAGGAAGCUGGAUAUGGCAAAUGAGGAUGGAAUUAAGAGCAAGAAAUCAUUGAAGACUACUCAACAAUCAAAAUAUCGAUUACCAGGAAAAGGCAGCCCAACUUCUAUAAACAAGGGGAGGACUGCUCGUGGGGUUUCAGAAACAGCUGAGAAGUUGGCUAAUAUGUCGAUUGGUACUCGAAGACAAUCCUUAGGACAAACCCGUCCGCCUCCCAUGAAGGCUGGAGUCAAUUGGAUUUCUGAAUCUGGAAAUUUCAUGCUCAGGUCCGGACAACAAAUUCCAUCUGAAAGAAGUUUGACAAGAAAAGUUGCCGGGUGAGAUGAUGAGAAGUAUUUGCUGACUUUGGAGAUUCUUUGAUGAUCAAUAUUUUUAAGUCUUCUAAUGAUGAUAUUGGGUUUGCACCUCUGUCCCUGAUGCGUUUGGUGAUGAUUUUUGUUUCUAUUACGGGUUUGAUAUGUUUUUUUUGGGGAGAUACUGUCAGUUUUACAUUUGGCUAAAGUUGUGCGGAUGCGUCUGUCUCAUAAGAAGGUUUUCAUUUAUGUGGAGUGCUCAACAGGUUGUAAUGACACAAUAAAGGGGAAAUGUCAUGUUUUUAAUUCGAACUUUGCCACCCUUGCAGAGUAAUUACUUUAGUACUCCUUACUAUUGUUUAAUGUAUUAUACUAAUUGUGAAAUAUUUAAUUAA